CCCUCAUGAAUAGAAGAUUAAGCAACUAACAAUUUUUCUAGUUUUGUUUACACUUUCAAGCCCUAAUCAAGAUUCUCUGCCUAAGAAAGGUUGUUUUGAUUCCACUAAAAUAAAUGAAAAUCAUUUUCAGCUUAUUCUCGAUGUAAAAAUCAUGAAUCAAGUUACUGUCCCUUUAACAAAAGAUGAAUUAAUAUUAAAUUCGUAUCGAGCAUGUCGUGCAGAAGCUGGUGAUAUUGAAAGAUUAAUUGAGACAUUGAAAACGUCAGAGACUCAUGUGAAAAAUACUGCUCUUAACAAAUUACAAGUAAUCGGUGAGCAGAUUAAAUUCCUCCAAAAGCAAGCGCAUGAAAUACUCUCAAAUGCUACAAAGGAUUCAGACCUACAUAAAGUCCCAUGUAAUUUUGUUAAAGUACCUGGAAAUAUUUAUCAUCUUUACGAACGACCAACAGGAGACAGAUUCUGGUCAAUGAUAUCAUCAGAAGAAUUCGGUGAAAACAACAAAAACAAUUAUCUGGGAAGUUACAGAUUAGAAGUCGAUAGAAGUUGGACUCCUGUUGAUAAGCUUCAAGAAUACUCAGAGAGUAGACAAUUUGCCGAAUCAUUAUUUGAGAAGGUUCAGAAUGUACCAGCAAUUAAACUCAUAGAAAAAGAUGAUGAGCUUGAGAGUUAACGACGAAAAUUAACGAGAUUAGAUUUUAAAAGUUCACUGUUCUUGAACUAUUGACGUAAAAAAUAAAAAUUCAAUUCACUUUAUUUUAGUCGAAAAUAUGUUUCUCAUUCUCCUAAAUGAAAUUCUCUUUCAGCAAUGAAAGGAAUUUUAAUCCAAAGAGUAUUUCAAGGAAAUGAAAAUAUUCAGAGAAUAAAAAUGUUUAUAACAUGUUCAAUGUAAAAUAAUUUCUUAAGGCAGUGUUUAUAAUUAACAUUUCUAUUGUUGUCUAAGCAUAUAAACAGAAAAUCAACUACAUUUUUAAUACAUAUAAAUACGUACAUCUUAUGCAGGAAUAGAAAAAUGAAAAGAUAUUCAUUCAAGGAUUUCUUAUCGUAAUGAUAUUCUAGAAUGUGCAAUCAAUGUCAAAAGUUUAGAAAGUCAUUUGAUAUAUCCAGAU